GGCCGUGAACAAGGGCUCGCAGAUGAUCUGCCGCCGCCCCGGCUGCCUCACGAGGCGGGGCCCGCCGCUCUCGCAGAACCGGAGGGGGAACACGGCGAGGAGUCAGAACCCGGGCGUCAAAGAGGACCGGCCCGACCCCUUCUGGGCGAACCGGGGCGAGGUGGGCGUGCCCGGCCUGGGCCUCCUCGACGACAAGAUGUCCGUGGGCAGCCUCCCGCCGCCGACGCUGAACCGACACGGGGAGGCGCAGUCGCGCGGCGCCACGGCCAAGCUCAUCGCCUCCUCCAUCAGCAGGGCCGUCAAGCAGGCGGAGCAGGGCGAGAGGCCAGGCCAGAGGCAGGCGCCGCAGGCCAAGGGCCCGGUCAUGGCGCGGCACCAGUGGGAGUCCGUGCUGGGCGAGGAGGAGCCGGCCGGCAGGCAGGCCAAGGCUUCCUCGGGAUCGGCGGCGGGCAGGGCUGCCCGCAACGUCAGCCAGAUCGCCGCCACGUCCCGCGACAGAUCGAGGUCGAGAUUCCCGGGCUCUUAGGAGGCGCCGACGAGGCAACAAGUCCAGUGCCUCCUCGACUCCCGGGCGCCGAAGUCGGCGGAGGCUGGGCUGGAGCACCCCCGUCGCCAAGGCUCUGGACAUGUACUGAGGCGGCCUGGGAGCGUCAACCAACGCCGCCCUCCGCGUCACCUGCAGCCUACACGAAAGACAUGCAGAGCGUUUGUGGCAAAGGGUG